UUGCUUGUCAAGAUUGAAGUGAAAUAAUCUGGCUUUAAUAUUUAAUAAUUUACAGGCUCAAUUUCGAUUAACAAAAUGGAAGAGGAGCAGAAAAAGAAGGAGAAAAAGUCUUUGAACAGUCUAAUUAUCCAUCCUGCCAUUGAACCUGGCGUUAUUGACAAUGAAAUGAUAACCCGCUGCAUUUUGGAAUAUGGCCCUAAAGGGGAAGCUGGUCGUUUAUUCGCCGAGGAAGGUGUGCACCUUGACGAAGCUACAAUUGUUCGGUUAGAAUUCCAGAACAUUCUUCGCAUCGACCAUCUUUGGAUGCUCACGUCCCUCACAAAACUCACUUUGGCACAUAAUUGUAUCGAAAAAAUUGAAAACUUGGAACGGUUACCUGGUCUAAAUGAAUUAGAUUUAUCCUUUAAUUUUAUCGAGAAGAUCGAAAACUUGGACGAACUCAUUAACAUCGAGGUGUUGACACUUUUCCAUAACAGAAUAAGGAAAUUGGAGAAUUUUGAAAAGCUGGAGAAACUGCUUGUGUUUAGUAUUGGCGAUAAUUUGAUUGAGGAUUACAAAGAGAUGGCGUACCUCCGCCAGUUCCGUUUCCUGCGCGCUGUGAGCUUCAAGGGUAACCCGUGUUGCGACGACCCCAUGACCUAUGAGUUCCUCAGGUCGGCAUUGGUGCGAGUCACGUAUAUAGACUACACGAUAGUAACGGAGGAGGAGAGAGAGAAGGGCGCUGCGCUUUUCAGGGGAUUACUUCGAAAACUCGAUGAUCAAGAUGAAAAGGCUGAAAAAGAGCGUAUUGCACGAGAAGAGUACAACGCCCGAGUAGAGUUCUACGCCAUGUCCUUUGUGGAGUACUUGUCUGGACCAGAGUUACUGGAAUCCAUGUUUGCGAAGGAUCCCGAUGGGUCGCUCCUGCUCAAAGUAGGAGGCGAGCUGCUAUUAUCCUAUGAAGAGUACAAGGAGCAAUACGUGGAAACAAUGGCAGGUCUGGUGGAGUUCGCUCAGGAAGCUUACAACGAUCGUCAGCAUGAAAUCGGACUAUUUAGGGAGCUGGUAGACAACGCGCUGGCUGAAAGCGUUGCGAAGACCAAGGAUGUCAUCGCAGAGUACAAAAAAAAGAAGGAUAAUAUGAUAGGACAAAUGCAGGAAAUCAUUGAUAAGUUCACCACUAAGGAGGCAACCAUCGACCAACUAGAGCCGAAGGUCAUGGACUUGAGUGAUACCUUUAAUGAUGUGCUGUAUGAGCUGUGGAAGUCCAUUAUGACUAUUGAGAUGCAGCUAUACGAACAGUGUGAGGAGUCACGAACGCAAUUCUCCGUAAACAUGACAGAGAAGAUCACAAAGCUGCUGGAAGUAUCUCGAAAUGCUUUCGGUGUAUGGCGCGAGAUCGAGGGAAUUUGGUCCAUGAGGCAGUUCGAGUCGCUUUCCAAAUUGCUGGGGAAUAAGGUGUUGCUGGGCGAUGCUCCCCCGGAUUUGUUUGAAAUAAUGAUGGACAGAGACGCGAUGAUGAACCUAGUGGCUCAAUCCGCAGACAACCACAGUCGUUUUAUAGACGAUCGCGAAGACCGUCUGAUGACUCGCGCCAACGCGUGGCGGGACGAGCUCGUUCAAGGGACCAAUGACAACGAAGUGAAACGCAACAGAGAUCGGAUCCUCGAAAUAAACUAUUACAUAGACAACCAAAGAGAGGAGUGGACCGAUAUGCAGAUGCUGCUUACAGAAAACGUCGACCCAGAGACUGCAGCGUUGUUAGGAGAUGAAUUUUAACUUAUAUAAAAUAUACAAUAUAUUUUUAUUAUUGAA